UCCGGGUCAGUGGUAGAAGCGUGAGCUCCGUGGGAUAGUUCCUCGCAACUUACUCUUCCCUGCAUCUUCCUUGUCCCAGAGCGAGACGAUUGUCGUUUCGGCGAUGAGCUCACAGAAAGGGAACGUGACUCGUUCCAGGCCUCAGAGGCACCAGAAUACUUUUAGCUUCAAAAAUGACAAGUUUGAUAAGAGUGUUCAGACCAAGAAAAUUAAUGCAAAACUUCAUGAUGGGGUAUGUCAGCGUUGUAAAGAAGUUCUUGAAUGGCGUGUAAAAUACAGCAAGUACAAACCAUUAUCAAAGCCCAAAAAAUGUGUUAAAUGUUUACAAAAGACAGUGAAGGAUUCUUAUCAUAUAAUGUGUAGACCAUGUGCCUGUGAACUUGAAGUCUGUGCCAAGUGUGGAAAGAGAGAAGACGUUGUUAUUCCGUUUAAUAAAGAACCAGAGAAUACAGAAAAUGUUGAAAGUAAUUUAUGUUCCAGCCAUAGAAGAAGCUGCAGAAGGAACGAAGAAAAUGAUGAUGAUUUAGAUUUUGAUAUUGAUUUAGAUGACGCAGAAGAAGACAAAUAA